GCUUCUCUCUGCUACGUAGUUCUAAAUGGCGACGCGAAUCAGCUUGAUUUUGGUAUUUUCGGUACUCGCGCGAGAGUCGCGAAAGCUCCAGAGCGUGAUUGCGUUAAAUGGUGGCAGUAUUGAUCUUUUUCGGAAUCAAAAGGUAUACGCCAAUAAAGAAAGAAGACGAAGAAGAUCGAUCUCAGUAUUCAGUCGCUCCAAAACUAUGUGGUAUUACCACGUGACUUUCCUAACCUUACAUGUUGACAAUGCAUAACCAAGAAAAAAGGGAAUCGAAUUGAUAAAGAAAACAUUGUUAAUAAGUGUCUUGAAAAAUACUGAAGUACGUACUGUACGAAAGAAUAGAAUAAUUUAAUAAAUACCGGAAUUGAAGAGAGAUUUCUAUCUAAUGGCCGAGAUGUCGAAUACAACAAUAAAUGGAUAGGAAACUGAAGAAAGUCCGUGUGAAAACAACUGGCCAAACCAGUUGAAGUCAGAGAUUAUUGACGAGAUGAAGGAUCGUAUUGAACACGGUACACCUAAGAAGGUGGAUAAACCAACAGAUUCUUAUAAUACAAACAAAACUACAUGGGUUAAUACAAUCGACUGUGCAAACGAAAAUAUUAAUAGUCCUCAGAAGGACAAAUACUUGGUUGAUCACGAGAACUUGUUGACGAGUCCGAAAAGAUGGAAUAAAUCUGUGGAUACGUGUCCACAGAGAGAAAGAACGAUUAGUACAAACAUUGAUUACGAUACAUUCCAAUUAGAAUUAUCCAGUAUGGAAAAGUCUAACUUUGACACUAUUUACCUGUUGCAUAACUCCAAUUCUGCAAUAAAAUUUGAAGAUACUAACGAUAUUUUAUCCACGAUGAUGGAUGUCGAUACGAUGCAGGAGAAUGAUAGUCUGUUGGGAGCGAACAAGGAUCCAGCGACAGAUCCCCUUUCUAUUAGUGAUUGUGAUAAGAAAGAUCCUGAUACAGCUAUAGAUUCGGAUUCAAAGUUGAGCAGAAAACGUAAAAUCAGCGUAGAGUCAAAGUCUCAAGUGAAACGGCGAAGCAAACGUCGUUGUACGAAAAAUAGGCUGAGUAUAAAAGAGGAACAGCUUAUGGAUGAGUUGGAAAAGUUCGAAGAAUGGGAAAGAAUGCCAUUGAGUGAGAUAAAGAAAUUAAUGGAUUUACGUGUAAAACUGAUACACAAGGUGCCACCGCAACACAAAAUAGAGCUUUCGGGAUCUCACGCGCCAACGAGGAUAGAGAAAAUAUUAUUUCUCAAACAUGGACCAAUUCGAAAGGGCUUGUACACACCCACAGAGGACGAGAAUAUCAGGAAAAACUGGGAGAUGUUUUGCAAGCUCCAUGACUGGAACAGAAAGAAAACCCAGCCAUUUCUUCAUUGGAGACACGAUGGAAGAUAUUACAUACAGGACGUGGAGGAAAGACAGAAGUUCGUUCAAUUUUUGGCAAAUAAAUUACCUUGGCGAACUCUCUACAGCGUUUAUUCCAGAUUUAAAGUAUUAUAUCGCAAUAAAAUCACUUAUUCUCGUUAUACUCCCAAAGAGGAUAAGAAAAUUUUAAUGUACAUACAUAAUGAACGUUUGGAUAAACGUGAUAAUAAAUACACUGAAUUAGGGAAGCUACUAAAACGAACAAGUCGGUCGGUUUUUAAACGAUAUCGGUUUCUCAAAAAUCGACUUCAGGAUAAUUCGGAAAGAACACCGUUAACUGACGUUAAAUGGACCUUACCACUAAUAAAAAAAUAUAUAAAAACUUUACUCAGUUUAACCUUAAGUGACGAUAUAAGAGAACUUAAAGGCGCCAUACUUCCCAAACCAGUGUGGCAGAAAAUGGAAGAAAAACUAAAUAUACAUCAUAAUGUCUUGAGAACUUUCUGGCAACAUCAGUUGCAUCUGCAGUUGUUCAGUACAGAACCUAUUUAUUUAAACGAUAUCAAGAUACAAUUAAUUGAAUAUAUGUAUGCAAAAGGAAUAUCUAAUACUCGUGAAAUUAUAUGGCCCAAUGUUGCAAAACAUUUUGAUGGAGCAACUGCAGUAUUCCUUUGCAAGGUUCUUUUUUAUCUUGUUCAAGAAUGCAACAUGAGCAACGUAGAUAAUUUUGCUGCUGUUGUACGACACUUAUAUCGUACUAAAAUCCCGGAAAUUCGAAAGGCCCCAACCGAUAAGUUCUUGCCUAAAAUUAUUUAUAAAUAUGGGAAAAUUUCUUUAGUAAAUAAAAAUUCCAGCAAAACGAUUCUAGCUGACACUGAUCAGCAAGAAAGCGAUCAUACCGAUUCUACUUAUUCCGACAGUUGACCAUCUUUUCAGAUUUAAGUUACAGUAUAUUAUUAUAUUUUUGUAAGUUUAAAUUACGUGUUAUUUUAACAUAUACUUAAAAUUGACAUAA